GGGGCAGGGCGGAGCGGAAGGAGGCAGCAGCCCCGCCAGGCCUGGAAACGAUCGCCAUGGAAACCCAGGCCCCGGUCCCGCCCCUGCCGUCCCCCCCCACACCCGCCCCUCUCUCCCCCGGGAGAGCGGCGGUGGGAAGUCGGUGCAGGCUGGGAGUACCACCGGAACUGCGACCGGGCCGGGCCGGCUGAAGGUGGCAGCCCCGCCAGCGGCUCCUUCGCUAGGUACCGGCAGGUAGAGCGCGGGGCGGGGGUGCUUCCCGGGCCAGAGAGGGAGGAGAGACGGGCGGAGCGUGCGGCGCGCAGGCCGAGCCCCCUCCUCCACCCGCCUACGCCGCAGCUUGGCCUCGCACCUACUGCCAGGUGCCCACCCGCCAUUUUCUGCCGGCCACCCUCUCCCCCUUCCCCCUCCCCGCCCCUCUUACACUCCCCGCUCCUCACUCAGAUCCGGCGGCUGCCCGGCGGUGGCCCUGUGGGAGCGGAGCUCAGCUCAGCAGGGCGGGCCUUCUUUCUUUUUCCUGACGGCCGAGGCCCUGACGUGUUGCCAUGGCCGAGGGAGCCACGGCGGCGCCGGCGUGCUUCAACGAGGAUGAUUUUUACUGUCCCGUCUGCCAGGAGGUUUUCAAAACGCCCGUGAGGACCGCGAACUGCCAGCAUGUGUUUUGCAGGAAGUGCUUCUUGACAGCUAUCAGAGAAAGUGGAACACAUUGUCCUCUCUGCCGUGGAAGCGUGACUAAAAAAGAAAGAACAUAUCCCAAAAGGGCUCUAGAUGUUGAAAACAGUAUGAAGAAAGCUUCUGGGGGCUGUAGAUGCUGUGAGAAGCAGGUUAGAUUUUCCUGGAUGAGACAGCAUUAUAAAACGUGUAAGAAGUAUCAGGAUGAAUAUGGUGUUUCUUCUGUUAUUCCAAAGUUACAGAUUUCCCAAGAUUCAACAGGGAACAGCAGUAGUGACACAAUAUCUGAUAAUGGCGAGAUGGCUAAUAAUCAAAUGCUUCAAGGAGAAACAAGUGGACAUCCAACCUUCAAAUGCCCCCUGUGUCAGGAAGCCAAUUUUACCAGACAGCGUUUGCUGGAUCACUGUAACAAUAGACAUCUUUAUCAGAUAGUUCCUGUUAUCUGUCCUAUUUGUGUAUCUCUUCCUUGGGCAGAUGCUAACCAGGUUACUAGGAAUCUUGUUAAUCAUCUCAAUCUAAGACACCGGUUUGACUACGGAGAAUUUGUGAAUCUUCAGCUUGAUGAAGAAGCCCAAUACCAAAACGCAGUUCAAGAAUCCUGUCAUGUGAACUUUUAAAGUAUAUCCUCUCCUUCGUGUUACUGAUUGUCUGAGAGAAAAAUUACAUUCUAUCUGUUGGUGAUUGGAAGUCUGUAACAAUAAAAGUGGUAUGCUGUAACCACUUUUUAGGCUUAAUUUUUUUCCAUGCUCAUAGAGACUUUCAUGAAUUAUUUUGCUGAAACUCAAACAUGACAUCUUUACUGAGAUGUGUCCCUGUGGAGCUAGGGACCUUUUUGGAACUUGUCACUGUUGUUUUGAUUUUCUCUGACUAUUACUACUCUAUUAAUUACAUGGUCUCUUUUAUUAAUGUCAGAUAUUUUAAUUCACCAAAAACAACUUUGAAAGUAUCUUUAGAAAGACAUGUAAGGAUGCUCUGUUGCAAUGUUGAGUUUCUUUAAGUUCAGGUGUCAUCUGCUAAGUUAUCUAUGAGAUGAUAAUGGUUUUUUUCUUCUCCUAUCCAAGGACAAAGUUUUGUUUGAUGUUGUGAUUUGUUUUUCACCUUUACUAUGUUAAUGAAAAUAACAACUGAAGAAAUAAAAAUAUUUGUGUUGUGUACAUCAACUAUGCAGAGCAAGUUGGCUUUUUUCACCUUUCAUUGAGAAAGAACGGUGACAUUGCCGAGGAAUAAUUACAUCUACUUUUUCCCCUUUUUGGAGAAUAACUGAAAUGGGACGCUUGCUAAAGUGCUGGAUGAGGACUUUCCCUUUACUCCCAACUGCUAAGGAAGAUGACACUUUCUGAAGUAUUCAAGAUGACAUGCAAAAGGUGCACUUUUUCAGUAAAUGACUGUGACCAGCUUGUUUUUCAUUUUAUUGGAGCUUUUUAAGAACAUCUGUUGCAUUUGGAAUUCAAGUUUUGGUCUGUCUUAUCUUUCAUGGAAGGAUGGGUAACUAGAGGACUAACUGGCUUCAGACCUACCAACUUGUUUAUUUUGGUAAAACUGUCUAGAACUUGGACAUUUACAUCCAAAGUCAAAAAACAGUCGAGAAGAAAAAUCUGCUCUAAAAAAGUUACCAAUAUAUUUUAAGAGUUUGUGUUUUAGAUUACCAUAUUCCCAGCAGGACCAUCAUUAAAAUCAGAGGAAACAGCAAUAAUGCAGUUUUUAAUUUAAAUGGAAAAUCCAUUUGUAAAAGAACCUUAACUUAUUGACUUAUUUAACACUGAUGUGGAGAAGCAAAAAGAAAGCUGCACAGUUUACAUUUUAGAGGUUUAAAUACAGACUGUUCUGAAUGUGUACCUUUUAGGACUGACUUAUCCUGUGUCACCAUCACUCAUGUUCUUAAUGGGGACUGUAUACAAGGUAGAAAACAUCCCCAGUGGUUUUUACUCUAGUUGGCAAUUUCUGUGUAAUGUCAGUUGUGCAGCCAAAGUACAGUCUACUGGUGCCCUGGUUCCCAUUUGCUCCCCAAAUAAAGGUUUUGAUGGUUCUUUUAAAUGCUGGGAUAUUUCACAUGCCAAAACUGAUAAGGCUGAAAUGCCUCAAUCUGCAGUGUAAUGGGUUUCAGAACUGAAUCUUAGUUUGGAUAUCUUGAGUGUUAGAACUAAAAGAUGAUACUCUCUAAGUUGACAUUUCUAUCUGCUUUUGAAGAGUAAAACAUCUCUAAAGGCAUGGCUGGCUAAAACACAGAGAAAGCUGGCUAUUUCAGAAAUGUCUGAAGGUUAUGUCCUUUUUAUAACUACACAUAUUUCAUUUUGUUACUGGCUUAAUACCGUAUUUUGGCAGCAGGCCACGCUUUGAUUUUGUACUCAAACUUCCCUAUUUCCCUCCCAUACUCUUGUUUGUAUAUUCUCACUUGUCUGUCAGCUCUAGUGCUUGUGUGACUGCUUACUGAUUUGGAGUGGGUCAUUGAUCCAGCUGGAAAGGUUGUUUGGAUUUUUCAUUUUCUCUUAUACUCUCUAAAGCCAACAAUGAAAUAGUGCCCUUAGAAAGGAAUUUCAAGGUAGCCUGAUGCUAAAGUUUUUUGGGUUUUUUUUCUUUUUUUUUUCCUUUUAAAGUAAAAAUACAUACAUACCGUGGGGAUCUUAUUAGUGCAUACAUUUCCUAUUGAAUGUGAUAAGUACCUGUAAGUUUAGUUAACUUUUUUAGAUUCGAUAAAAUAUUUAUAUGAUGUGGCAAUAAAUGCCUACAGCCAAUACAGAUUCAGAACGCCUCAUGGACACUGGAACUAAUAAUUUCUAUUACUUGAACAUAUCUUGAGAAUUGCAAAUGAAACUACUUCUAUUUUAAAACUCUGGGAAACAAGUUUUUCUACAGCAAUAAUUAGUUGUCACUUAAUGUGUAGUUGCUGAGCAUUUUAGUCAUAUUUAAAUGCUGAAAGACUUGAAUGCACAUUUUAAAGCAACAAAUGUGUAUAAAUGCAAUAUAAAAACCCUUUCAAAGUGUUUAGCCUCUAUUUGCAUAUGUUAAAAUCUGUAUUGGCAGGAGCUGCCUUGGUUAAGAUUUUAUACUUUUAAUAUGAAGAUUGCAUUCGAUACAUUCGCUAGGUAAGCUUUUAAUGGAAAUGUAACAGUCUAUUUAAAUAUGCUGCUGCUGGUCAUGAUCUUUCUCACUGAAACUCAGACAUACACAAAAAGCUGUGUAUUUGUGAUGAGUGAUGCUUGUACUCAAAACAUGCAAUCUUUACUGGAAGACUGCUGUUUAACAAUGUUUUCAUGUUUGCAUUGCGUAUGGUUUCAGAAGGGUAUGUUAUGUUUGAAUUGUACCUUCUAUUUUUUCUUCUAUUAAAGUAUUUUAUUUUAUGUUUGUCUCUUUGGUGCAUAAUAAAGAUGAUCAGUCCCCUUGCUGCUACUA